GGAAGCACAGCCGGGGAUGGUGACGAGGGAAGAGAGCUGGAGGAACACAUGAAGUUUUGCCUGAGGACGGAUGAUAAGCUAUCCGAGACCUCAUGAGUUAAGAUUAAAGAAGGGAGGUCAAGGUGGCCAGUGUUGCAGACCACCUGAUCAUGAAGAAGUGUGUGAUGUUCUUCAGGCAGCUGGAAGAAGCUUUAUGCUUGCACACCCUGUCUCACAGGGAGACUUGAACCAUCCUGAAGUCUGCUGGAAGGGCAACACAGCCGGGUGCAAGCAGUCAAGGGAAUUUCUGGAAAACUUUGAACUUCUGGUUGUAAGAAUUCACAGACCGCUUCAAAAUCCUGGCUGCUGCAUCCUUCUAGGAUCCACAGCCUUUCCUCCUCUCCAUCUGUCAGUCAUGGAGCGCCACAUUCAGCUUCACUGUGAAGGAUCACAUCUCCUAUGUUUCAGGCUUGAAAGUCUACAAGCAGUAAAGUGCAUCAAAAGAAGUCGCAGAGGAUCAUGUGCUGCAAUUUUCACUCGCUGUUCCCUGGGGCACCUGGGUGCAAACACCCCUCAUGUGUGCUGGCUUCUCCCUGACGGAGCUCAGAGGAGGGCUGGGCUGUUUGCUAGCUGUCAGCUCCGCAGCCAAGGAAGUCACGGCCUUCCUUUCAUCAGGAAGAAUAUGCACAGGAGAACCCAAGAUGAUAACAAAUCCAAGCACUGCAAGAAGGUAAAGAAAAUGAUGGAAAAACUGAGUCGGGAGCAAGAAGAACAAAAACGGGUUCCUUUGAGCUCUGACUUGAUCGCUGGUAUCUCUUCACCAUAAGCCUCAGGCAAUAGUUUAAAAGUUUCCAUCAUGGAUUUCUUCAGUUUCGCAAGAUGUUAACUCACUGUUCACUCUUGUAGACCAACAUUUUCCCGCUGAGGGUAAGUAAACGUCUCUAUUUGAACACAUGUCCACUUGUACUGAGUGAAGCGAUUGAGUUGAGCCUUGUCUCACUGUGACAGGUUAGAACAUGGUCUAUAACCAUUUCUUUGUCCUCUCUCACUCUCGACUCCGGAGCUACCAGGCUAGUCUCUUAUUUUUUUUUGUGUAUGUCAAACUGUGUACAUUUGUGAAGAUACUCAGCAGAAAAUGCAAGCACAAAUAUUCAGUGUGGAAAAAUAAAGUAAUAAUUAGAUAUGAGAAUGAAAUCUUGGCAUUUUUUUUCAUGUUAUGAAGGGCUACACAAUCCAAAUCUCAUCUUCCACCAUGAAUAAGUUUAAAAAAUUAUGCCUACAGUACUCUCUGUCCAACAAAACUGUACACACUUAAAGUUCUGAUCUGGAUUACAGUGCUGAAGGCUACACCUGGAAAAGGAAAAGCAGAUGGACAUGAAGCUCCCAGGUAUGCGUUGGGAAGGCACAGUUACUCCUUGCAGCAUAAGUCUCAAUCUGCCUACUUCACACACAGGGUAUGUCCCUCACCUGAUUAGGCUUCCCCAGGGGAGAAUACUCAACUCCUCCAGCAUUGAACAUGGCAUCUGGUCACUACUGAAGACAAGGUGAAGCUUUAGCCAUCAUUUAAACUACUAUAGCCCAACGUCUUGGGGCAAAAUCCUUGGUUGUUCCCUUGUGGUCUCCAGGAGCACAUGUUGCCUGUAACUGCAGGUCUCUUUGAGUGCGUGCCGGUAACCAAACCCAGCAUCCUUUGGACUGCUGCACGAGAUGUGAAGAGGACAGGUCCCAUGCGGCAGAAGGAGAACUUGGCUGAAGCAAGCUAGCUCUGCCUUCACAGGAACCAGUAUUAUUGCUAUGCUUUACUAAAAACCCUAGAUCUGGGCAAUAAGGCAAGAGCACACCUGGAUUCUGGCUGUCCCUACUCAGAUUCUGGGCUGUGCAGUUAUUUAUUAUUUCUUGGCUUUGGUUUUUUUCUCGUUUUAUUUUGUGUCCUCUUUGCUGUACAUUUUCUUCCUUCUCUGUAAGACAACCUUGGAUUUUGAGACCUUGUCUUGAAUAGAGAUGUCAAACCUGAGAUUUUCUCUCUUUCAUAAGAUGUUGAAUAGAAAGGUAAGAAGGAACUCCUAUCUGAUGAAGAAUCUUCAUCUUGCAUGGAGUGGGCUGCCUUAGCCUGUGUUGGACACACUCUCAAUUCCAGUGUAAGCCACAGGAAUGGCCCGAUUUGUUUUAGAGUUUGGCAGUCCCUUCACAUACAUGUGAAACCAGCUUUUCCCUUCCUUCCUCUUUUCUCUCCAAGGACAGAAGUCACAUUCUUUCCAUUUCAUUCCUCCCACUUUCAGGCAACAUUCAGCUUUCUCCAGGUGAGAUACAGACACAGGGAGGUGAAGAAUGAAGCAUUUCAUACUUGUCUCUCACUGCUCUUCGUUUGCAGGACUUCGGAUGGCUCAUGGCAAAUGAUGAGGAAAGGUGCCCACACUCACCCAAGGAUAAGCCGAGUCUCAAGACUUCUCUUAGGAGUAGAGAACUGCAGCCAGGAGAGAAGAGCAGGCAACCUGUUCUCCCAGUCCAGGCCUCACCAACUCCUGAGACACAUGCAGAGGUGUUUGGACUCUGGCCCGGAGAAAAGCGUUUCACAGGAGAGCAGCCCUUCAGGUCCACAGUGAUGCUGGAGCCCUACUUUCAGAGAGGGCUCAGGAAAAGACAACAGCCGCUCUCCUUUUCUCGUGGUCCACAACAGCAGAUGGUAGCUGAUGCAGGAAAGCCUGUCCAGUUAUUCAUACCUGAGGACAUACAUAUCCAGAACAAGUCAUAGCAACCUCCCCAGCAGGGUUUGUUUCUUGAUAUUUUCCCUCAAGUAAACACGUAGUCCUUCAAGAGAACUCCAACAGGGACAUUCACUGCUGUGGUUGAGUGGCCACCACCACCAAGCAAGGUAGCUGAAGUGGUGGUCUGUGGCACACAAAAAAUAGAGGUAAGUUAACAGAGAUAAGGCUUGCCUUAAACACAGACAUAAGCACAAUAAGAUAAUGGAUCUGGGGUCUGUGUGUAAGCAGUUGAUAGCGCGGUAUCAAUUCUGAUAGCAAAAUCAGCAACUGGCAUUGUAAGAAAGAGCUGAGAAUAAUCAGACACAGAAACAGGAAGCACCAAGAGGAAAACAACUGCAUAUGUGAAGGGUAGAAAACAAGUACAGGUGGUAAAGGUGAAAGCCAACCCUCCCCCCUCCAUGUACAGCAGGUGGAGAAGAUAACCGGAGGAGCCAAAGUGACCCCAUAGGACCGUGGGAAACAAAGCAAGUCCUGCUUGCAAAAAUAGAUCAACUCAGUCAAGAGGAGGUGUGUUGUCCUCCAUCCGUUCCAAGGAAGAAAAAGAAGAAUACCCCUGACCUUCUACUCUGCUCUUGCAAGACCCCACCUGGAGUACUGUAUCCUAUUCUAAAAUCCCCAACAUAAGAAAGGUAUGGAACUGUUGGAGUGGGUCCAGAGGAGGGCCACAAAGAUAGGGCAGGAGCAGCUGUGCUCUGAGGGCAGGCUGAAAGAGUUGGAGGUGUUCAGCUUGGAGAAGAGAAGGCACCGAGGACACAUUAGAGCAGCCUUCAGUACCUGAAAGGGGCUACAAGGAAGCUGGGGAGGGACUUUUUACAAGGCAUGAAGUGAUAGAAUGAGGGGGAAUGGCUUUAAAUUGGAUGGGGGAAGAUUUAGAUUAGACAUUAGGAAGAAAUUCUUCACUAUGAGGAUGGUCAGGCACUAGAACAGGUUGCCAAGGGAUGUUGUGGAUGCCUCAUCCCUGGAGGUGUUCAAUGCCAGGUUGGAUGGGGCUUUGAGCAACUUGAUCCAGUGCAAGGAUCCACGGCAGGGCGGUUGGAAUUAGAUGACCUUUAAGAUUCCUUCCAAUGCAAACCAUUCUGUGGUUCUAAGAACUGAUAGGCAAUGAGAACAAACAAGGAAAAAAUGUAUCCUACUGCACAUCUGGCUUCCUACACCAAAAAGGACUCUUCCCCCCACCUUGAAAUCUGUACAAACCACAGCGCCAAUGCUGAGGCACAGCUGCUGACCCUGGCGUGCCACCUCUCUGCUGGUCCAGCCCUGGGGCUAAUUUAGGACAAGCUUGUUAAGGACAAACGGGUUACCUAUGUGUGAUGGUGAUGAAGAACUACCCUUUGGUGAUGCAUAGCACUGAGGAACAUCAAUCCAGCAGAGCAUUGUCUACAAGUUCCAAACUGUCCUGAUGUCUUUUAAAAGUGUGACCACACCUGUAAGUGUUCUACGUGAAAAUAAAGAUAUGCACGGACAGACACACACUGAGAUUCAUUUGGACCAGAGAGAAGUGAAAGAACUUGAGAUGUUUUAUCUUUCUUCUCCAAAUGCAGCACCAGUCUCAUAGCACCCAAAUAAAUCUGAAUGCAGGACGUGCUGUGUGGUGGGCAGGAGAGCAGA